AUACUAUGCAAACUGCAUCAAUAUUUAAUGGAAUAUAUGUAGUAUAAAGAAAGAUAUCUUCUGGGUCAUUUGGAGUGGUGCUUCUGGGACAUGAUAAAGAGAGAAAUGUUGAUGUGGCGAUCAAAAUAGAAAAAGAAGAGAAUGAGGAUGUGCGUUCAUUAGAGAGGGAAGUUUAAGUCUUGGAACGAUUGCAAGGAACUGACGGGAUACCUAAAUUAUGGUGGCAUGGACAAUAGGAUGAAUACAAUGUAAUCAUUCUGCAGUUGUUGGGGAAGGAUCUCUCCUAUUUCAUGAAGACCAAGAAGAAGUUCUCUUUUAAAACCACGAUAUAGUUGGGCAUUCAAAUUGUGCAUGUUUUGGAGAGGAUACAUAAUAAAGGUGUUGUACAUAGAGAUUUGAAACCAGAAAACAUUUUAUUCGGAGUUGACGAUGAAUCAUCUAAAAUAUACGUUGUCGAUUUUGGGAUCAGCAAAAUAUUCAGAGAUGCUCAAGGAAAUAUAUUGUAAUUUCUUUAGUGUUAUGAGUUUAGACCCUUCAGAGACAAUGCAUCAUUUAUAGGUACUACUAGGUAUGCAUCGAUUGCUGCACAUAAGGGUCAUGAAUUAAGUCGGAAGGAUGAUAUCGAAUCAUUAAUAUAUGUGUUAUUGUAUUUCAUGAAAGGGUAAAGAAAUCUUGAAUUAUCAGAAGUCUAGGCAGCUUCCAUGGCAAAAUAUGCAGAAUGUCAGUGAUGAAGAUAGAACUGUCAAAGUCGGUGAAAUGAAAAUGAACAUGGAUCCUCGAGAAUUGUGCAAAGAUGUACCAAUUGAGUUUGCUAAAAUUCUAGAGUAAGUUGAUUGUACUAAAUUCUAUAGAUAUCUGAAAUAAUUGCAAUAUGACAAUGAACCUAAUUAUUAUUUUGUGUAUCAUUAAUUCGAAAAGGCUGCUGAGAAUCAAGGAAUCCAAUUAGACAAUAUAUUUGAUUGGGAUUAAUAGUAAUAGAUGAAGAUAUCUCAAAAUAAUAAUGAGAAUCCAGAUAAUUUACAAAGAUCAACUACUCAAUAAUAAUUGUAACCUCCUUAAUCUACAGAGAUGAAGAAGUCAAUUGAGAAACAAGGAUCUAAUUUGAUUCGAUAGUAAAUUUCAAGUUGUAUCAGGUAGAUUAAGCAACAAUCAAUUUUUGAUUCCGCCUUCCCAAUUGAAGAGACAAGAUUCCCAAUAGCCCAGCGUGGUUUCUGGGAGUGUGAUGUUGAGUACUUACAACUCAAUAAGGCCGAAAUACUAGGCUUCACAAAUAGCUUUUGAUAACAAAGUGUGUGAUGACAAUUCUCCAUAAGAUUUUAUUUAGAAUAUGAAGUAGACUGCUGAAACAGGUAAUUAGAAUGGUAGAUAAAAUUCAUGUGCUGAGACAGUUGGUUGGAAAGAUUCAGUUUUUGAAGAGAACUUUGAAGAAAUUCCACUAGCUAAAAAGUAUGGUAUGCUCAAAUAGAAAGGAGUCGAAAUGUAUGUCAUUUUAUUUUAUGAAAGACCAAAAAAGAGAAAAACUAGUUAAAGUCCUAUUAAAUAAAGGAAAAAGAAUUGA